AUGAAAUCUCAACAAAUUGCUAAGAAAGCGGAUGCUGACAAUCUCUCGGCAACACUAAGUUUGAUGGUACCAGAACUCGCAAACGACAUUCCUGAUAAUUGUCCUGGAGAUGGCUGCAAUGCUAAUCAAUGUCUGUACAUGGAACAGCUACUGGUGCGCAAACAUGAAGAGCCCAAAGAAGGACAAGGAAAUGUGUAUAUUGAUCGUGGAAAUAGCAAAAUGCAUGUGUGAAGAACAUUCAUUGUGACCUAAAUUCUGGAGUCCGGAAUUAAAAUCUGUAUUUCAGUGAUAGACAUUUCACAAAAGAAUAAAUCAAUUGAAAAAUAAAUUAAUUUUAAUAGUAGUAGGAGUAAAUAUGUUUGUUAAAACAAUAAAUUAGAUAUUAUACAUGAAAAUUCAAAUAAUGAAUUGCAAUAUUUUUGAAACUGAAUUAAUAUUGAGAUAACAUAAAUUUAGAUUCUUCCAGUAUUUGUGGAAAAUUGAAUUGAUAAUAAAAGAAAUAUCUUGAUAUAGCACAUAUACAUGAGAGAAAUAUUGUAAAGUAAAGAUGUCUCUUUACUUUUCAAUAUUUGUUCAGAAAGUAUCCUUUUGUUAACACUAAGAUAAGUGUUACUUUUAGAUUCAUACAUAUUCAAAGCUCCUACAAUCUCUUAAAAGCAAGAACAAAUGUAAAGACAGUAUUAAAAUAAUCAUGUUGCUUUCUUCAUGGUACAACAGUACAAUAAAUGAAGUUCCUUUUAUCUGUCAAACAGUUUACUUAUAUGUAUUAUAGCAAAGGUAUUACAAUAUUUCUUUUAUUACUUUUUAGAUCUUUGUUAAGAUUUAUGCAAUAAGAUUUACAUUUAAAAAUUUACAUUAUAAGAUGUUUCUUUCAAUUACUAGAACUUUAAGGCAACCAAAAAGAAAGAAAGAAAAAUCGGUAAAUCAGUAUUGUAAGAUCUGUAGUAAUAUGUUCAUCAUACUUUUUCAUUUGUAAAAAGCUUGUUGAGCUAGACCUUAGAGUCAGGAACCAUCUGAAUUAGACCGUAUUGAAAUUCCAUUAAUCUACAAGAAAGAAAGUAAUUAAUUUCUCCAUUAUUUCUUACUUGUAGUAUAAUGAUAGAUCAGAGUGUGAGUUUCACAAUGAGAAACUGAUGUUUUCAUUCUACUUCCAUAUUAUUCAUUGUAAAUAGUUAUUCACAAUGUAAUAAAUAAUCUCUCCAGAAACUACACAUGAUAUACUGUAUAUACUUGAAUAUAACCUGCAUAUUUUUUUCAAAAAUUGCUAGUUGAAAAUUGGGGUGCGGGUAAUAUUUGAGUUAAUGUAGGUACUGUGAACUUGAAGCAUGUUGCACGUUGUCACACGGCAGCAUGGAUUAUACUUUGUUUUUUUUAACGUUAUCUUUCUUCAAUUUCUCUUAAAAUAUUUUCCACUUUUUUGCAUCAUCAUUACUACUCUAUAUCCAAGUGGAUAAAGUGGAAAAUGUCUCAAAAAACGUAAAUUUCAGUUUUUUGAAUUGUAAAUUAAAAUCAUUAUUUUUAUAAAUUACAUACAUCCCAACAUAUCACUAAUGUAUCUUAAUUUUGCUAAUACUUUCAUAAUUGCAUCAAGACAACAUAAUAAUAUAACUUUUUCUGAAGAUGAUCUUUUAUCGCCUUUUCUGAAAACAAAUGAGUAUUUAAAUUCAUAAGCAAAUGUUUUAAAUAUUGUACAUGUAGAAUAUAAAAAUAUGUAAUUAUGCAAUUGAAAGAAAACCUUUGAGUGUUUUAUUACAACUUUUUCAGCAUAGUAAUUUUUUUUAAGUGAUCAAGGCCACUGAAUUGUGUAUUUAAAUCUGUACUUGAAUUUUAAAAAGUUUUUAAGAUUAUGCAUUACACGUAUAUAUUUGAUUCAAAAUUUUUAAGAUUUAAGGACUAGUCUGCUCAUCAGAUAAACAUAAUAUGCUGGACAUGACACAGUCUCUUGGUGCUAGUUUAGCCUGGAAUAUGGUUUCAAUGUAUGUGGAUUACUAUACCUUGUAGGAUUGAGAGUUUUAUUAUUUAUAGACCAUUUUAUGUUACCUGCUCUAUUGUGCAAAUACAAUAUACAUAAAAGAAUUUGUUACAUUUAAUUUGAAUAAACAUUAAUAUCAAGCCAGAAUAUGAAAUUAUUUUAUCACGUACACAGCCAAGAUUUAAUUUUGGAAGCAUGUGAAAAAAAAUUCCAAUAGUAUUUUUGCUAGUGUGCAUAUAUUUGUAUGUACAACUUUACUUCGAAAAUAAUUUCCAAAGUUAAAUAGUAUUUACAUAUAACAAUUAUUGUUACACCAAUUUUCUAUAGCUUCCUUUCUUUGGGGUACCUUUCAUUCCUCUACUUAGUGUGGUCAGGUGAGGAAAAUAGGGAUAAUACUCUGCCUUUGCAGUUAAGGAGGAGACUGAGCACCACGAGUUGGUUAUUCCUCAGCUAUAAAGUUAAGUAUUUGGUGAGGUGAAAAAUGAAUAACAAAACAACAUAGUUACAUUACAGUCAGUUAACAGUCAUUCUAGGAAUUUAGCAGCAACUGCCAUUUAUGUAUUACUAUUAAACAGUUAAAUGAAAGUAAAAUAUUUUUUUACAUAACAAAUGUGAAAUAUAUAUUGUUCUUAAAUUAAUUCCCAAAAGAUACAAACUCCAAGACGAACCAGAGAUAAUGAUGAUCUUUAAAGAGUGAAAAAGAAGAUACUCUAACAGUAGUAAAUAAAAUGUCAAUACAAAUGUUUGUGAUUGGUGCUUUAGCAAAUAUAAAUUCUUGCAUAGGUUACUGGAAUUACUCUUAUGAAAAUAAGCUAUUCGCGUAUAUUUCAAUGAUAGGAAUAAAUUUAGAUAAAAUAAAAUAAAACCUGGAGAAUUGCAAUUAAUUGUGCAUUUUAAUUUUAUUUUCUUGUGUAUGUACGUAUAUACAAAUUAAUAAACGUAGUAUACAGAAAGUAAUGUAAUGGUGCAGAAAAUGGAUUUUGAGAUUUCACUUUUGGGGUACCCAGAUAUUGAAAAAGUAUUAUUUUUUUUUUUUUAUAUGUCCAUCCAUCAAUGAACACCGCUAGUGUCUAAACCACAUGUAGCAUAUUUUCCAAAUUUUAAAAAAAAUCCUGUCAAUAUAGCUUGAGUGGAAGCUUUGAGAUUUUGAAAAACAUUCUUUAAAAUUUGGGGGUACUUUACAUGAAGCCCC